AUGCCCAGGAGUUUGGAUUUCAUAACAGGAGUGUAUACUGUCGAGGUAACUCUUACCUUGAAGUGCGGGCUAGCGCUGCAGAUCAAUAUUCCCCAUUCACUGGCGGAGAAGGGAGCCGAGGAGCGAAUACAAGGCACAGUAAGAUGGUGCUCGGCUGCCGAGAACCGCAAGCGAAAAGACUCCUGUCAAAGGAUCACAUCAUAUCCACUCAUUAGAUCCGCGCUCCAGCCUAACAAAGCUUCGGAGGAGUUUAUUAGCGUUCAAUCUUCAUUAUGCGAGCCGGCAACAGCGCUGAUUAGCUCAUUCAACUAG